AUGUCUUAUAUGCUACCCCAUCUCCACAAUGGUUGGCAGGUUGAUCAGGCGAUUCUUUCAGAAGAGGAUCGUGUUGUGGUUAUCAGGUUUGGUCAUGAUUGGGAUCCAACCUGUAUGAAAAUGGACGAAACACUGUUCAAAAUCGCAGAAAAGGUGAAAAAUUUUGCUUCUGUCUAUUUGGUGGACAUAUCGCAAGUUCAAGACUUUAACAAAAUGUAUGAGUUGUAUGAUCCAUGUACUCUGAUGUUCUUCUUCCGGAAUAAGCACAUCAUGAUCGAUCUCGGAACGGGUAAUAACAAUAAAAUUAAUUGGGCGUUAGAAGAUCCCCAAGAAGCAAUCGAUAUAAUCGAGACUGUUUACAGAGGGGCCCGUAAAGGACGAGGUUUAGUCAUAUCUCCAAAAGAUUACUCGACAAAGUAUCGGUACUAA